GUUUGACAUAAAUCAUAAAUGCGAGUUGGUUGUUUUUAUCUCCUCGAUCUCCUCAGCAACUCUCCAUACUCAGCACUUCUCCAUACUCAGCACUUCAGCAUACUCAGCACUUCAGCACACUCAGCACUUCAGCACAAAUUUUAACUUUUAUGGAGACUAUAGUAGAGAGUAUUUCAAAUUAUAUUCCAUUAAUGCAAGGCUAAUAUUGUAUGUAACUCUUUAGUAAAUUGAUAUAAAUAUAAUUUAAAAUGGCACGACACAGGGAUAUUAGAAACAUGGAUUACUCAGAAGAUUAUGAUGGAUACGACGAUGUUUAUGGACAUUCUGUGGAUGAUGAUUUUUAUAUAUCGCCUAGUAAUAGGCAGUUUCUCUAUAAUAGAGAACCUUCGAGAAGUUCUGAAGGAGACAUAAAGGAAGAAGACGAAUCUGAAGCGGAGUUGUCUGACAUAGAUAGAGCCAAAUUGGCUUCUUGUAUUGAUCAAAUUAAGCAAAUAAUAGGUUCUAUUAGCAUUUCAAGAAAUGAUCUAGUCAAUAUCAUUAUACAGCAAAAGUUUGACAUACAAAAAUCUAUAAGUGUUAUUAUGGAUGAUUCUUUACAUUCUGCGGCACCAGAAAAAGAUAAUAGUGAUAAGUCAAAAUUUACCGUACCAAAAUUGAACAGUGGAAUCACUAAUUAUGCACCUAAAUUUACCAUACCUAAAUUUACAAUUCCAAAAUUAAAUGAAAACUCUCACAUUGCAAGUUUAGAUAGUAAUAAAAUCAUUGACAGUAUUGCUGAUAAAAAACAAUUUGGUAAUUUAUCAGACUUAGUUUCAACACAUUUAAAAAUUAAUUCUGUAAGUCCACCAAUUGAUUUUAAAACACAGUUGAAAUUUUUACAUAAAAAUAAACCUGAAACUUUAGAGAUAACUCCAAAAUUAGGAAAAAUGAGUAUAUCAGAAUCUAGAUCUUCAUGCGACAUGCCUGACAAAACUGAAACCAAAUUUCAGAUAGACCUUUCAGUUGCUUUAAAGAACACUAUUAGUGCUCCACUUAUUUCAACAAAAGAAAAAGAAAAUUUUCAGAUACCUUUUAUAGACUGUGAACCACUUGAACUAAGGCAUAAAAAAGAGGCUUUAAAUAAAGAGCUACUUUGCACUUUAAAUAUGAAAAAUGUUAAAAAUUUAAAACUUACGUCUGAAAAGAAAAAAAGUUUUUUUGGGCGGGUUAUAUGUAGAAACUACAAAAGGUACGUUAAACAAAUUAUGCAAGAAAAAAUUAACUUGAACAAUAUUAAAAGAUUCGAUUUCAGUAGUGUGUCUCCAGACAUAGUCAACCAACCAGAAGUUGUGCAAACUUCAGAACUUGACACAGCAACAAAAGUGAUUUCUUCAACACCAAAAACCGUCAACAUAACGAAGGGCUUUGAUUUGCCACAAAAAGAGUUGAAAGUCAGCAUCACUCCACGGUCUCAAUCACCGGCUUCUGGAAAAAUAACUCCGGUCGGGAAUACGAUUUUCGAUAAUGUUGAUGAUGUCAAAACUCAAAGAAUUACAGACAGCAAAUUUGAUCCACAAAAGUUGUACCAAAAAGAAAGAGGAGAUGGUAAAGAGCAUCUGUAUAUGGUUGUGAUUGGACAUGUUGAUGCAGGAAAAAGUACUUUGAUGGGGCAUUUACUAUGUGACUUGGGACAGGUAACACUACUAGACGCCCCAGGCCACAAAGAUUUUAUUCCUAACAUGAUAUCAGGUGCUGGGCAAGCUGACGUUGCUCUUUUGGUCGUAGACGCGAAUCGUGGUGAAUUCGAAGCUGGUUUCGACUAUGGCGGCCAAACACGUGAACAUGCGCUGCUCGUCCGCUCCCUCGGAGUCUCCCAAAUAGCCGUCGCCGUUAAUAAGUUAGACACCGUGUCCUGGUCGCAAGAAAGAUUCGAUGAUAUCGUUAAGAAAUUGAAGACGUUUCUGAGGCAAGUUGGUUUCAAGGAGUCAGAUGUCAGUUUUGUACCUUGUAGUGGACUCACCGGACAGAAUUUGAUUAUUAAACCAACGGAAAAUGAUUUAUUACGAUGGUAUGAUGGACCAUGUUUAUUGGAAGUAAUAGAUAAAUUUCGGUCUCCUGAAAGACCAGUAUCCAAACCAUUUAGAUUGUCAAUUAAUGACAUAUUUAAGGGCACUGGCACUUCAUUUUGUGUAUCUGGUAGAGUCGAAACAGGAACCUUAAGUGCUGGUGACAAAGUUUUAGUAUGUCCUAAUAGGGAAUAUGCCGUAGUAAAAUCACUAGCGAUUGAAGAAUCUUCAAAGACAAUAGUGUUUGCAGGAGAUCAAGUAAUAGCCACUCUAUCUGGAAUAGAAAUGCAAAAUGUCUCCGUUGGAAAUAUACUGUGUGAUCCUCAAAGACCCGUCCAAGUAGCAAUGAAGUUCCAAGCCAGAAUAGUUGUUUUUAAUGUGUCUGUUCCCAUCACUAAAGGGUAUCCUGUUGUUUUGCACAAUCAAUCUUUAGUAGAGCCAGUUGUUGUUAAUAAACUGAUUUCACAGUUAAAUAAGAGUACAGGCGAACUAUUGAAGAAGCAUCCGAGGUUUUUAGGACCCAAUACUAGCGCUAUUGUGGAGAUACAGAUUUCCAGGCCUAUUGCUCUUGAGUUGUACAGUGAAUGUAAAGAAUUAGGGAGAAUCAUGCUUAGGAUUGGGGGAGUAACUAUCGCUGCUGGAUUAAUUACUCAAAUUAUAUUGUAAGUUUGAAAAAAAAGUUUUAUAUUAUCAAUGGCGUUUUUUUACCCUAUUUAUUAAGAUUUGUGGAUUUCGACAAGUAAAUUCUAAUUACCCAGGUAUAUUUAUGGAUGCGUCUACUUUAUUACAUAUAAAAUUAAAUACUACAUAGAAAGAAGUAUUUUAUAUUUUUGUUGGUUAAAUGAUGAUAGCUUGUGACAUCGGACCUAAAAAAUAAUAUAUUUACUUUUAUUUA